AUGGCUAGCCUACAACACCCAUUCCAGUGCUUGCAAUAUGCCAAGCGCAACUCACAUGGUCUUUCAAAUUUGUUGAUUGCCGCUGCGGGGCGCCAUCUCUACUCCUAUGAUGCUACCAGUGGUCAGCGCCUGGACGUCUGGCCUCAAGAUGUAGAGUCGACUGUGGAGCCUAUUUCUGGUACGGUGCCCGCAACAGAGGGCGAUGCACCCCCUGAAAAAAAAAGAAAGCUGUCUCCUGCUUCUGAGGGCCAGCAGGAGCAAAAGCCCGCUGGUAAGAAGCCUCUGACGGGUACCACCAUACCCCUCUUAGUGACUUCUCCCGACGGGAAAUAUGUAAUUGCUACGACUGGCGAUGGCAAGACAAUCCGGGUCUUCGAACUGAAUCAUGAUGGAAAGCUAAAGGAAUUGAGCUCCAGAAUGAUGCCCAAGCGACCAAGUGCUCUGGCCUUGACUCCUGAUGGUCAUACCGUCCUUUGUGGUGACAAGUUUGGUGAUGUUUACUCACUGCCAUUGAUUCCCGGCGAAUAUGUGAGGAAGAUUGUAGAGCAACCGGCCAUCCCCUCUGCCACUUCACUUACUGUCCACACCAAGGGCAAUUUGCGAACCUUGGAGAUGCAAAGGCUUCACGCAGAAAAACAAGGUCAGACUGCAAAGCAAGGAACCGCCGCGCUCAACUUUGAGCACCACAACAUUAUUGGCCACGUAUCAGUGCUGUCGGACCUGAUCUCCGUAUCCGUGUCUGGACGGAGCUAUAUCCUAACUGGAGAUCGUGAUGAGCAUAUUCGUGUUUCUCGUGGUAUUCCACAGGCAUAUGUGAUUGAGCAAUUUUGUCUGGGCCAUACUUCUCUCGUUAGCAAGCUCUGUGUCCCCUCUUGGGCACCCCAUCUUCUUGUGUCUGGUGACACUAACGGUAACCUAUUUGUUUGGGACUGGAGGAACGCGGAGAUUCACCAAAAUAUCUCCCUUGAAGAAUCUCUGCAAUCGGAAGCUAUGGUACGCGGGAUUUGGGACGUGUCCCUUGAACAGUCAGGUGCUUCGGGUCCAGUAAACGCAAUUCUGGUCAGCUUGGAAGGGUCUUCGCAGCUUCUCUGCUACACAAUCGAGGACAAUGCGCUCCGGGCCCAGGAUUCAAUUCAGUUUUCUGGAAACGUCCUCGGUCUAAUUGGAAUCGAUUCACGGGGAACUGUUGUUGUCUCCGUGGAUACUGUCCGCGACGCUGGCUCAACUGACAACUGGAAGUCUAGUUCUGGGGCCCUUCUUGAAUCAUUCCAAAUCAAUCUCGGUCCUGACGGUCUAAAGUGCGUUCAGACUGAAGACACAAUGGUGGCCAACAUCAACUCGGUCGGUACCAGUGAUUUCCCCGCUGGCUUGAACGAGAAACAGCAGAAAGAGUUUAACGACUCCUUGUACAAUCUGGGAAACAUGAAGAAGAAACACUAUGAAGAGUAA